AUGACUGAACCCGCUGUCGAGGGAAAACCUUUUCAAUUAUAUGACAUUGUCAUCGUGGGAGCUGGCCCAGUCGGGCUAAUGCUCUCUACCUGCUUGGCUAGAUGGGGCUAUCGAGUAAAGCAUGUCGACGACCGCCCAGAGCCGACAAAAACUGGACGAGCCGAUGGCAUCCAGCCUCGGUCGUUGGACCUGCUUCGAAACAUGGGACUGAAGACGGGGCUCAUGGCUCACAAGCCGGCUCGAGUUUACGAAGUUGCCUUUUGGAACCCAGACAAGUCCGGUAACGACAUUGUUCGAACCGGAACAUGGGCGAGUUGUCCAAAAUUUAUUGAUGCCCGCUAUCCUUUCACCACAUUGCUACACCAAGGACAUAUCGAAAAUGUUUUCAUCAAUGAUCUCGAGAAGAACGGUGUGCUGAUACAGCGGCCAUGGACCAUUACCCACUUCGAGUCCGACGAGCAAGAAAACCCUGAGCACCCCGUGCGUGUUGAGUUGAAACAUGUAGAUGGGACCACCACAGAAACAGUCCGGGCUAAAUAUCUAUUUGGUGGCGAGGGAUCGAGAUCCUUCGUACGUCGGCUGCUAAACAUCCAAGUCAAGCACAUCGAUCCUAUACAGCAUGUAUGGGGAGUUAUGGAUGGCGUUGUCAAGACAGAUUUUCCUGAUAUAAAGAUGAAAUGCACGAUACACAGCCACCACGGUUCCAUCAUGGUCAUCCCCAGAGAAGACAACAUGGUUCGACUCUAUAUCCAAAUCGCGUCUUCAGAGGAACCGGAUUGGAAUCCAAGAAAGACAGCUACGUCAGAAGAGGUGCAAGAGACGGCGAAGAAGAUCCUGCAUCCGUAUACGAUCGAUUGGGAGCGCGUCGAAUGGUAUUCAGUGUACCCCAUUGGGCAAGGAAUCUCGGACAGGUACAGCCUAGACCAGCGCGUAUUUCUGGGUGGUGAUGCAUGCCACACGCAUAGUCCCAAGGCAGGUCAAGGCAUGAACACCGCCUUUCUGGAUGCUCUCAACCUGGCCUGGAAGAUACACGCGGUCGAAGGAGGCUUUGCACACCGCGAUCUGCUCAAAACUUACGAGAUAGAGCGCAAAGGGGUCGCGGAAAGUCUGUUGGACUUUGAUAAUAGAUAUGCAAAGUUGUUUUCUCAGCGGCCUCCUGCGGCCAAGGAAGUAGAGGCAGCCACUGAGGGAUGCCCCGCAAACCGCGGCGAGGCAGAAGAAGACGACUUUGUUAAGAUGUUUAAGGAAUCGUGUGAGUUUACCAGCGGAUAUGGCGUGGCUUAUGGGCCGAAUGAGGUAAAUUGGUCAGUGAACCAUCAGGCCAACUCGACUCUUAUUCACCCUGAAGGCACCAAGCUCCGAACGGGUCAUAUAUUCAUCAAUUCCGACGUUACACGAGUGGUGGAUGCAAAUGUAGUACAUUUGGAGCAGGAGAUACCGCUCAAUGGCUCAUUCCGUAUUUUCAUCUUUGCCGGAAAUCCAGCCGUUACUCACACUGCCUUGCAAGACCUCGCCAAUGGUCUCGGUGCGGAACGCUCUUUCUACGGCGCAUAUGCCAGAAAAGAUGUCGACACGGUAUCACACCAUGAGCGACACAACCCACACAGCUUGUUCUUCACCAUUUGCACAAUAUUUGCCGCCAAGCGAUCGAGCAUUGAAAUAUCCAAGGAUGUACCCCGGCUUCUAGCACGAUAUCGGGAUCAUAUUUACGCCGAUGAUAUAUGGGAUCGGAGGGUGCCCAAUUCCAGAGCCUCGGCCCAUGCCAAGAUGGGCUUGGACGAAGAAAGAGGUGCUGUGGUGGUGGUUCGCCCUGAUGGUUAUGUUGGCGUGAUUGUGAGUCUCGUGGAGGGAAGUGGAACGGUGAACGCGUUGAACGAGUACUUCUCGGCAUUCUGCAGCAAGAACCUAGUAGCAGGUUCUUCCCAACUGUAG